AAUUAAUGCAGGUUAUGUGUAACUACAAAUUUAGCAAUAAGGAUAAUGUAUUUUAAAUGUUUACAUUUACAAUGAGCGACAUGAAAUCUGGUAACAAUUUUAAGAGUUAUCUAGAUAUAGAUGAAGAUGAAUUUGUGGAUUUGGAGCUAGGUGUUAAUGAACUGUCUGUUUUGAAACCACGACUAUUACCAGGUGAACUCACAGUUGCCGAAGCCAACAGUGUGUUAAUGUUUGCACCUCUUACUGAUGGAAAUCAAGGAAAGACCGGUUUAUUAGUUGUAACAAAUUUUAAAGUCACAUUUAUUACUAGCGAUACAAAAGAUAGUGGUUGUGACAACACGUAUCAACAAAAUGCUUUGCUUGGUGAAAAUGAUAUAUGUCUGUCUAAUAUUGACGCGAUUUACACACUUGGUGAUAAGAAAAAAAAACUUGUUCCCGGACAAAGUAUACAUUCUAAAGUGAAAGGGCUUUUUAUUGUCUGCAAGAAUAUGAGGACGAUGUCUUUCAGUUUUAAAUUUACACCAAUUAAUGAAGCCAAAGGAAUUACUCUUUCAAUAUUGCAUCAUGCAUUCCCGACUGUUCAUACUAGAUUAUUUGCAUACGAUUAUAGCGAACCUUAUUAUCCACAAUACAAUUGUGCAAUGUUUUCAAAUGCUGCUGAUUGGCAUUACGAAUUGGUAAGAUUAGAGACACCGGGCUGGAGAUGUUCAUCAGUAAACAGUAGUUAUGAUAUAUCAUCAACUUUACCAUCAACAUUAAUUGUGCCUGCCAAUGUUUUGGAUUCACGAUUAAUUGAAGCAGCUAGGCAUUUCAGAUGCGGGGCAAUUCCAAUAUACGUUUGGGGCAACAGGCAAGGUUGUGCAUUAGUCCGCAUGUCUGAUAUUCACCCAACAAUGUCGGAUCGGACACAAGAAAAUGCUAUGUUGGAAAAUGUCAGGUCCGCUCAUCCCCAAAAGAAACAACCCGUUGUUUUAGAUUUAUGUAAAGAUCUUCCCAGUGCUAAGGAGCUUUAUAAUAGUUAUUCCAAGUUGAAAGAUUUGUGUACGCCUGAUUCAUUGAGACAAUUUGGUGUACAAGAUUCAAAACUGUUGUCUUUACUAGAUAGUUCUCGUUGGUUAUAUUAUGUGUCUACGUGUUUAGCAUUGGCUAGUCAGGCAGCUGAUUCUCUUUGUGCCGGUUCAACUGUAGUUUUACAAGAAGGUGAUGGACGAGAUAUAAUUUGCGUCAUAUCAAGUCUCACACAAAUUCUUGUGGACCCGCAUUUUAGGACAAUUAAUGGUUUUCAAUCAUUAAUUCAAAAAGACUGGGUUGCUCUAGGACAUCCAUUUUGUGAUCGGUUAGGUCAUGUGAUUGUUCAAGAUACUGUAACAGCUCCCUAUUUAUUAUUAUUUUUGGACUGUGUUUGGCAAAUAACACAACAGUUGCCGACUGCCUUGGAGAUGUCUGAGACUUAUUUGACUACAUUGUGGGAUUCUGCACAUUUGACCAUAUUUGAUACGUUUAUCUUCAACAGUGAACAUGAGAGACGCUCUGUAGGAUUUCAUCAGCCUCCGUUAGUUUUAAGGUCAGUCUGGGAUUGGGGAGAGCAGUACAGUGAAAAAGACAUAGCUCUAUUCGCAAAUCCACUUUUCACACCAAAUCAUAUAGUACAAAGAAAUUCUGUGUUACCGCCAGUGAGACCACUAGAUGUACAAACUAUUAAUAUACAACAAAAGUCAACAAACGUCCACCGAAUAUCUAAACAUUUGGAUAUGAGAUUUGGAGGACUAUCUAUGCUAAGUCCGAUGAAAGUUUCUAAAGUACCUCCUCCAGUUCCACCGAAACCAGUUAAUAGGGAUAAAAAAAUUAUAAACCAGGCAAUGGCUCAGAUGUUAGAAAACAGAAUUAGGGUGAGCCAUACGAUAACAAAUUUAGAAAUAUGGUCUCAGUGUUAUUUUAGAUUUAUGCCAAUUUUGGAGAUAAAAAGUGGUGGAAAAGUACAAAUAGAUAUACAAAAUAGAAUACUGGUUGGGAAUAUUAACGAAAUGUAUAGCACUUUGGCUACUGGAGAGUCUUAUAAAACAGAAAAUGGACAUAAAACCACAGAUUAUUCUACUGUGAACUCGUUCUUUCCAUUCAGCAAAAGCGAUGAUUCUCGGUUGUCUGAUUUGAUCGCUUUGAGUACCAGUUUGAGAGAAGAUGUUAUGUGUGAUUCCCAGUCCUUACUGAAUGCACCAGACUAAUAUAUAACCCGAUGAUUCAAAGGUAUAUAAGUAUUAUUUCAGAAAAAUAUAUAUAAAUCUAGCGCAUAUAUAGCUGUUACUUUUCUCAAAAAUUCAUUACCUAUAUUUAGAUUAGUUGUACUAAUUCAAUUUAUGAAAUAUUUUACAAAGUAUGUUGAAUUAUUAAAUAGUGCCUGUAAGUAUUGGUGCAACACUAGUGCUAACAUAAGUUAAUAUAAAAGUUAAAACGAGAAUAAACAUUUUAAAGUUAAAAUUUAUUUUAAUAAAAAGUUA